AUGAAACAAUUCAAACGAAAUAUCGACAAAGAUGGUGCCGGAGAGGUGACAAUAUCAUGUGAUGAAGCAGAGGAUAUGUGGCAUGUUUAUAAUUUAGUACGUGUUGGUGAUAGAGUCCGAUGUACAACAGUUCGAAAGGUUACAACGGAAUCAAACACUGGUAGUACAUACAGCCAGCGGGUGCAUACUGUUUUAUCGAUUUCCAUUGAAACCGUUGAUUUUGAUCCCAUAGCUUGCAUCUUGCACCUGAAAGGUAGAAAUGUUGCUGAGAACCAACAUGUGAAAAUGGGACAGUACCAUACAUUGGAUAUCGAUGUUGGGAAGAAAUUCAAAUUGUGGAAACCACAAUGGGAUUCGAUAGAUUUGGAUCGCUUGGACUUGGCACUUGAUCCAUCCCGAACUGCUGAUGUAGCUGCUGUUGUAAUGCAUGAGGGUUUGGCGAAUUUAUGCCUCGUGACGGCGCAGAUGACCAUCGUCAAGGCAAAAAUUGACAUGCAGAUUCCGAGGAAAAGGAAGGGUCUUUCAAGUCAUCACGACAAGGGUAUACAACGUUUUUAUGAAGCUAUUGCAACGGCAUUUGUUAGGCAUGUGGACAUGAAGAUAGUUAAAUGUGUAUUGAUAGCUAGCCGUGGCUUUCUCAACGAACAAUUUCUUAAUUAUUUGAUGCAGUAUGCCGACAAACAUGGGAACAAGUUGAUUUUAGAAAGUCGUAGCAAAUUUUUACUUGUCCAUGCCAGCAGUGGCUUUAAACAUGCACUUAAAGAGGUGCUGUCAAAUCCUAGUGUGGCAACCGCUCUCUCCGAUACCAAAGCUCAAGUUGAAGUUAAGACACUUGACAUGUUUUAUCAGCUAAUGGCAACUGAUCCAUCGCGUGCCUUUUAUGGUUAUAAGCACGUGUUGAUGGCUAACCAACAGCUUGCUAUCGACACCUUGUUGCUAUCCGACUCGUUGUUUAGAUCAAAUGAUAUCCAGCUAAGGAGGAAGUAUGUUGAACUGGCAGAGUCUGUAAAAGAACAGGGGUCGAACGUGUUGAUAUUCUCGUCAAUGCAUGUGUCGGGUGAGCAACUUAGCGCACUGGGUGGCGUGGCUGCUGUUUUAAGAUUUCCAUUGCACGAACUGGAAGAUGAGCAAAUGUCCGACAGUGAGCAUAGUGAAGACGAUAACAAUAUCAAGAAUUAA